GGCUUCCCCUUCGCCUCCGGGGGAUCCUGCGUCGACCUCCAGCAGAGAGGGGGGAGGAAACAUCUCCUGCCGUCCCCCCCCCCCUUUCUGCUCUGUCUAAGCCCGCCGCUAUGCCGCCAGGGGGGUGAAUGGGGGGCAAGCACCGGAGGGCACCUCCACCCUCCCUGCCCAGGGCUAUGCCAGGGUGGGGGGGCCGGGAGGGCGAGCGACUCGCCCCCCCACCUGUAGGAUCCCCAUGAGUUGACCCCAUUCCUAAAUUUAGGCCCCCUCGGCCCCCCCCUCGAGCGGCAUCGCCAUGGGAUGUAACAUGUGUGUGGUAGAGAAACCCGAAGAACAAUAUCGGGUCAUGCUGCAGGUGAAUGGUCGGGAACUGUCCCGUCUCUCACAGGAACAGACCCUUGAGGCCCUCCGGUGUUCUAAGGAACCUCUGGUCAUCCAGGUGUUACGGCGCAGUCCUCGUAGCCGGGGUGGAGGUGGUGAGGGAUCCACUUCUCAAGGAGAUGUCACAACACUGGUCGAUAGUGGAACCCAGACAGACAUCACCUUUGAACACCUACUGGGUCUAGGCAGGAUCCGGCCCCCAAGCCCUCCAGCUGUGACAAUGGAACCCUAUGGGCUGCCUGAUCUCCCUUCAAUUGCACAUGAAUAUUAUGACCCUGUGGAAUUCAUGGAAGGAGGUGCUCCAGAGGCUGAGCGAGCAGAAGACCUAGAAUAUGAGGAGGUGGAGUUGUACAAAUCCAGUCACCGGGACAAGCUGGGCCUGAUGGUUUGUUAUCGAACUGACGACGAGGACGAUGUAGGCAUCUACGUUGGAGAGGUCAGUCCUAAUAGUAUUGCAGCCAAGGAUGGACGAAUUCGAGAAGGUGACCGCAUUGUCCAGAUUAAUGGCAUGGAGGUACAAAACCGAGAGGAGGCUGUAGCAAUUCUUACCCAGGAGGAGCGAACAAACAUUUCUCUGCUGCUGGCUAGGCCCGAGACUGAGCUGUCCAAACGUUGGAAGGACAGUGACCGUGAGGAUUUCCUGGAUGAUUUUGGCUCUGACCAUGAAGCUGGAAUAAAACCACAACGGCUGCUUUCUCCACCAGGCCAGCAGGAUGAGCCACUACAAGAAAAGACUUCUGGGGACGCAGCCACACCCCUGACUAACAGCCAGGAGCUAGACAGCGGAGUUGGCCGGACAGACGAAAGCACCCGCAACGAGGAGAGCUCUGAGCACGACCUGCUAGGAGAUGAAGCUCCCAGUGCUGCCAACACCCCAGGCAGCCUGCGCAAAUUUGGGCCCAGCCUCCAGCCUCGUGACUUCCAUUACAGCAUGGACUCACUCCUGGCAGGGGAGCUUCCUAGUGCUGUGGGCACGGACCUGAUGCCAGGUCUUACUGACGAGGAGUACGAACGUUACCGCGAGCUGCUGGAGCUCAAGUGUCACCUGGAGAACGGCAAUGAGCCUGGGCUAGUGAGUGCCGCCCUGGAUGUCAACCGCAAUGAGGUGGCUUUGCUGGAGGAGGAGCUCCGCCACCUGGAAUUUAAGUGCCGCAACAUCUUGCGGGCACAGAAGAUGCAACAGCUCCGUGAACGCUGCAUGAAGGCCUGGCUGCUUGAGGAGGAAGGGCUGUACGCCUUGGAAGGGGAACCGAAGAAACACGAGCUGUCAGACAUCACUGAGCUGCCAGAACGCUCCGACAAGGACAGCACAAGUGCCUAUAACACUGGAGAAAGUUGUCGAAGCACCCCCUUGCUGGAAAGCCCCCUGCGUCGCUUGGCCGAGACCCCCAACCUCAACCACACUGCUCCUCCUUCCCCACCACAUCCUAAGUUCCGCCGGGAAGAGCGUGUUCGGCGCAGCCCCAAGGCGACUGGGGAGAGCAGCCCCUAUUUGAGUCGACGUCAGCGGGAAGAGCUGCCUGCUCCUAUCAGCCCUAUGUGCUUAGCCAGCAUUUGCAAGGACUCGCUUGGGGGCAAAGGAGAACCCCGCAUGGAGUGGAAAGUGAAGGUCCGUAGCGAUGGCACACGCUACGUGGCCAAGAGACCGGUGAGGGACCGGCUGCUCAAAGCCAGGGCCAUGAAGAUCCGCGAGGAACGCAGCGGCAUGACCACAGAUGACGACGCGGUCAGCGAGAUGAAGAUGGGACGUUACUGGAGCAAGGAGGAACGGAAGCAGCACUUGAUCCGAGCUCGUGAGCAGCGGAAACGCCGCGAGUUCAUGAUGCAAAGCCGGCUGGAGUGCUUGAGAGAAAGGGAAGGAAGUGAAGCUCGAGGGGUUUCUGGUGAGGUCAACAUCUUGGCCCUGAGCCAUCGUAAAACCAUGAAGAAACGGAGUCGACGCAUCUUGGACAACUGGAUUACCAUCCAAGAGAUGUUGGCUCACGGCACUCGCUCAGCAGAUGGACGCAGAGUUUACAACCCGCUGCUGUCUGUCACUACCGUUUGAGCACAUGGGAAAGAACAGCGGAGGGGAGCUGCACCAUUCUUUCCUCCUGGGCGGGCUGGAGAAUGGAGAAUAAAUACUGCAGUUUCCUCCUUGAGUAAUAGGAAGAUUGCUCUUUGAACAUGCCUGGGACCUUUUACUAUUACCAUCUGUGCUCCGUGGGUUCAAAGAGCCCUCCUCUCUAAACCAAAUUUAGAGUGUGACAACAAGCCCAGCAUCCCAUCCUGCCUUAAGGACCGGGGGGGGCAAGAGGCCACUAAGUCUGCUACCAUCAGGAGCCUGCUAGGGAGUAAAGUCUGUUUUCCUGAUGUGUGCACCAUCGCUAUUGAAGGCAGUUGCGCAAGUCUGUCCCCUUUCACUUAUGGGAAAGCUUUUGCCAGCUUGGCCAUGCUGAUCCCAUCCUGAAGCACAAAGAACCAACUCUCAUCCACAGACAAUGUGCAGAGCACAAGAAAAGGAGGCUCACCCCCAUCAACAGGACCAAUGAAACCUUCCUCUCCUCCCAAAUUGGGAUGUUGUGACAUCUUUCUUCUUUCUCUUUUUUCUCUUUUGUGAUUGUGGUUUUACACUUUUUAAUUUCUCCCCGGGUGGAAGUCUGAGCCCUGGAGGCUCAAUCCACAAGUGACUGAGGGUCCCCUUCCUGCAUUUUCUACCGCGUCACUGCCAUUCCCUCCCGGCUCAGCAAGAGGCAGUAGCUUAGUGUAGGGAGGUUGUGCAAUGGAUAGCUUGUGGCAAACCCUGUACCUGAGGCUGAAAUUACAUUGUUACAAUAAAAAAAAAAAAAAAAAA